AUGGAGUCCAUCUCUUCAGCGCUCUCUGCGCUCUCCAUUCAGACCGAAAAGAUGGUCAAGCACGCUGCCGCUAACAGCCCAGAAAGCUGGAGGUCCGCCGUUGCCGACGUCGCUACUUCUCUGGGCUUCCCUACCUCCAACUACACCAAAACCGUCGUCUUCAAGCCAAAGACCGCCAAGACUGCCACUCCCGUCCCUGUCGUGCUCAUUGCAAAGGACGACUCCGACUACAACACUAACUCCGUAGCUAAGCAUCUCGGUCACAAGGAGAUGCGCCUCGCUGCUCCCGAGCUGCUCAAGGAGUUCCUCAACGCUUCCAAGGACGACGUUUCUGCGCUCAGCAUCACAAAGGAAAAUGCAUCUCAAUUGGUUGCCGUCCUUGACGCCAGCCUCGCUACCAGCACCGAUCACUUUGCUGUCCACGCCGCCAGCUCCGAGCAGACGCUCUUCAUGACCGGAGCAGAGAUCGCAAAGUACCUCCAGAGCACCGGUGUCAAGCUCGAGGUCAUCGACUUUGCCAAACUCAAAGCAGAGGCUGCCACCCCCGUCGCCAAGGCCUCCGCCCCUCCUUCCAGCUCUGCUUCCGCUCCUGGCUCUACACAAGGCCCCAUCCCCGCCUCCAGCAAAGCAAGCGCCGCUGAGGCCGCCCAGAUCCUCGAUGCGGAGCAGAUGGGCAUCACCGUGCGCAAGGAAGGUGAUUUCCCUGAAUGGUACACUCAGGUGCUCCGUAAAGGUGACAUGCUCGACUACUACGACGUCUCCGGAUGCUACAUCCUCAAGCCAUGGUCUUACUUCGUCUGGGAAUCCAUCCAGGCCUGGUUCGAUGCCGAGAUCAAGAAGAUCGGCGUCGAGAAUUGCUACUUCCCCAUGUUCGUCUCCCAGCAAGUGCUCGAGAAAGAAAAGGACCACAUCGAAGGUUUCGCCCCCGAAGUUGCUUGGGUCACCAAAGCUGGCAGCAGCGAUCUUGAGCGGCCUGUCGCCAUCCGACCCACCUCGGAGACCGUCAUGUACCCAUACUACGCCAACUGGAUCCAGUCACACCGCGACCUCCCCCUCAAGCUCAACCAGUGGAACAGUGUCGUUCGAUGGGAGUUCAAGCACCCUCAGCCCUUCUUGCGAACGCGAGAGUUCCUCUGGCAGGAAGGCCACACCGCACACAUCUCGCUCAAGGAGGCCGACAAGGAGGUCAUGCACAUCCUCGACCUCUACCGCCAGGUUUACGAAAAACUGCUCGCUGUUCCCGUCGUCCCUGGUGUAAAGUCGGAAAAGGAAAAGUUUGCCGGUGGACUUUACACCACAACCGUCGAAGGCUUCGUUCCAACCACCGGUCGUGGUAUUCAGGGAGGCACGUCGCAUUGCUUGGGUCGGAACUUUUCCCAUAUGUUCGAGAUCAUGGUCGAAGAUCCCGACGCCCCCGAACACAUUAAAGUCAAAGGUAGAGCUAAAGGAAAAGGAAAAGGUGAUGGUAGACGUAAAACUAUAGAAGAAUACGAGGCUGAGGGCAAGCUGCUUGUCUGGCAAAACUCGUGGGGCCUCUCGACUCGUACCAUCGGUGUCAUGGUGAUGGUGCACGGUGACGACACUGGUCUGGUGAUGCCUCCUCGCGUGGCACAGAUCCAAGUCGCCAUUGUCCCAUGCGGUAUUGGUGUCAAGACCACUGCCCAAGAGAAGGACGCCAUCUGGGAUGCCUGUGACCAGACCGCAAAGGACCUCAAAGCUGCCGGUAUCCGAGCCAAAGCCGAUCUGCGAGACAACUACAGCCCCGGAUACAAGUUCAAUCACUGGGAGCUUCGCGGUGUCCCCAUCCGACUCGAGAUUGGUCCCAAAGAUCUUGAAAAGAAGUCGGUCGUUGCCGUACGACGUGACACCAAGGCCAAGACCUCACUUUCCGUUGACAACCUUUCGGAGAGCAUCUCUACGUUGCUCGAUCAGAUCCACGACGACAUGUUUGCCAAGGCCGAUGCCGAGUAUCGUUCGCGCCGCAAGGUGUGCGAGCAGUGGGACGACUUCACUCGCAUCCUCAACGACAAGUGUCACGUCGUGAUUCCCUGGUGCGAGGUCGAAGCGUGCGAGGACGAGAUCAAGAAGCGCAGCGCCAGACAAGCCACGCAGGGUGAAGCCGAGGACGAGAAAGCUCCAAGCAUGGGUGCCAAAUCGUUGUGCAUUCCCUUUGAUCAGGCGCAGUUUGGAGACAUCACGGGCAAGAAGUGUCCCCAGUGUGGCGUGGAUGCCAAGAGGUGGACCAUGUUUGGUCGCUCGUACUAG